GAGCACUUUUUUUUUUUUUUUUUUGUCACCAAACUGAGCAUUUAUUUAUUUAUUUAUUUUUGUCACCAAACUGAGCUGAAGAAGGAAUUCAUAGGGCCUGGACUCCAUCUCAGGCCUGUCUGUGCCGAUCGUGCGUGGCCACCUCUCCAGUGGACUCUGAACUCUGUGCUUAGCGCCUGUGGGAACAACAAUGGAAGGAUAAGACCCCCCUCUGGGCAGGGGAAUGUUGAAGAAGAGAAAACAGACACUAAUCACCCCUGCCUCUGGACACUAUCUAUCAGAAUGUAAGCACAGGCUUAUCGGUUAUUAACUAUUUGGAAUGUAACUGCGGGCUUAUUGAUUAUUGACUGUUUGAACACAUAACACGUGAAUGAUGGGGUUAUUGUAAUUGUAUUUACCCUUCCUUUGUUUAUGUAAGUCUCAAGGGAAUUGGGGUAGUGGGUUUGGACGCGUGCACAUGGGGUAUAAAAGAUUUUCACAAAUGCUGGUCGGGGUCCUUGGCUAAGAGGAGACUCUGCCUUGGGCCCGCCAGUGUAAUAAACUGCACUCCACUAUCUGCAUUGUCCUUCUGAGAGAGUUUGCUUCCCGGAAAGCGUGGCUAUAACAUUUGGUGCAUUGGCCGGGAAACUCCUCACUUUGAGGAGACAGGUCUCACUUGAGGCCACCCCGAGGCUUUGUAGCUUGAACCUCCUAGUGGAGGGAAGGCGCCUCGCCCCUCUGGAAGGAUUCUGCUUCUCAACGCCCGGACCUUUCACGUCAGCAGGUAGUGGACGGCAGCAGGGGAACUGAGCGCUCAGGUGAGGAGGAACUCACCCAGUAGGGUGGAAGAGGGGGCCUGAUCACCCCUCUGGGAGGGACUAGAAGGAGCGGGGACCCACAGGAGCCUGGAAUAGGCAGGCGGCGAUUGCUUGGUACACAGGUCGACGAGCGUGCUAGGGUUUAGGAAGGAAAUUUGUGAAGGUCAUUUAGGAGGUGUGUCCACGCUGUCUCGGGGAAAAUUAUUACCAAGCUAUCACCAGGGAUUCUUAGGAUAGGAAACUGGUCCUUGUAUGCUCGUAUUCUGCCCUCCCCCAGGAGGUGUCCUCUCUGCUGUGAAAUUCUUGACCCCCUUGGAAUUGUUGGGCUAGAAGGAGGGGGAAACAGAAGUGAGUAUGAAUUGGCUUUUCUGGAGAUGGCCUGGGACAUGAGAUAUUUAACCCAUCUGUGUUUUCAUCCGCACCUGAUCAAGCCCACCAAGGCAGAAUGGACUUUAAGGGAGAAACAGUCUCGGACCAUGUGAUGUUCUGGUUCAGCUAUGCUGACUGGCAGGUGAAGACACGCUGAUCCCCCUUCUCCCUCUGGGAUCUGGCAGGUAAGGCUCUUCUCACCCCAGUUAAGGAGGCAAAAUGGCAAUUUAAGUGUCACUGAGUGGAAAUAUCAGAAGUACAUAGGGUACUGAGAACUUCGUAGACAGAACGAAAAGGAAAAGUAGAAGAAGGUCCGAGAAGGUAAGCAAGAUGGGGGAAAGUGAAUCUAAGGCAACUGUAUUGGAGUGCAUGAUUAAAAAUUUAAAGAAGGGAUUAGGAGGAGACUAUGGGGUGGAGAUGAAGCCUAACUGCCUCCACAGACUCUGUGAGGUCGAAUGGCCCCCUAUGGGAGCAGGAUGGCCACCAGAGAACACCGUGAACUUAAAAAUAGUGGAAGCAAUCUAUACAGUAGUCACAGGAGAGCCAGGACACAUGGAUCUAUAUCCAUCUAUUGACUCAUGGCUAGGGUUAGCUUGAGACCCUCCUACUUGGACAAGGUUCUGUAUCCAGAAGGGAAAGGGAAAAAUAUUAAUGGCACAAAAAUUGACUUAUGAUAAAAAAGGAAAUUCUACAGGAUUUGGACGGGGAUGACCUGACCCCUCCCCCAUGCUGGAUAAUGACACGCCUGCCUCCCAGUGCUUCACCAGGACCGGAGGCCGCCUUAAUGCCCGAUCCAGGGCCAGGUGAAGUUUCUGCAACAGCCACUGCUCCUCUGCCAGCUUUCCCGGAGUUCAUAGAGCCGCCGUUUGGGCAGGCUCCGAUCCCGGUGACAGAAGCCUCUGGCCAACACUUCCAGGAUCCGGCUCCACCCGAACCGCCCAAGCUAUACCCGCCUCUCCUGGUGAGUACUCACAAGACAGGGAGGGAGACGUUGGAAUUAAGCAGAGACCGCGCCCUGCCGGAGAGCUGGAGGGAACGAAAGAGAACAAACAAGAGCCUUACAGUGCAAGUUGCUGCUCUGGGAAAGUCUAUCUCGGGCCCUCCAGAAAACCUCAUCUGCCCCAGGGACAGGACAGUCCUUCAGCCGGUCCAAAGGGAGGCCCUGGGCCCAUUACAGCCAAACCAGUGUGCCCGGUGCCGAGCUUUUGGCCACUGGAAGAAGAAGAAGCUCCCGCAGUUGUGGGGCUUGCUGACCUGGAAAUUAACUAGGGCUGCCAGGGCUCAGAGAUAUCAGGUCCCUGAGAGCCCAUGGUAACCGUAAAAGUGGGGGACCAAAACACUGACUUCGUGGUGGAUACAGGAGAACUGUCGGUAGUAACAAAACCUGUGGCACCUCUGUCCACAAGACUACCGCUGUAACUGGGGUAUCGGGAGAAGAGAUGAUUAAAUCAUUUUGCCAGCCCAGAAAAUGUCAGAUUGGGGGGUGGGGGGGCACCAAGUGAUUCAUGAACUUCUCUGCAUUCGUGAGUGCCCAGUACCCCUGUUGGGAAGAGACUUGCUCUCCAAACUAGGAGCACAAGUGACUUUCUCCCCUGAGGAGAGACCCACCUUCUGGACGGACUCUAUGACUUAUUUGCCCUCUCUCUCAAUACCAACCCAAGAUGAGUGGAGGUUGCAUGAGCCUCUGAAGGCAGAACCGGGUGGGCCAGAAGAACAUGAGGCAGCUAACUCAAUUAUUCCCUGAGGUCUGGGUGGAAGACAACCCCCUCUCCCCCCCCCCCCCAGGCUGGCUAAACAUCAUGCCCCAGUGAUAAUAGAACUCAAACCAGGCACCAUCCCGGUUAGAGGGCGCCAGUACCCGCUAUGGAUGGAGGCCUGAACCGGCAUAUUGCCCCACAUCAAUAGAUUGAAACAAGCAGGCAUUCUGGUAGAGUGCCAGUCGGCUUGGAAUACGCCAAUCCUGCCAGUCAACAGGGAAGGAGGACAGGACUAUAGGCCUGUACAAGAUCUCAGGCUAGUCAACCAGGCUACUGUGACUUUACAUCCCACUGUUCCAAACCCCUAUACCUUACUUAGCCUCCUCCCACCGAGGACUAAAGUUUACACUUGCCUAGAUCUCAAGGAUGCCUUCUUCUGCAUACGCCUCGCCCCAGCGUCACAGCCCAUCUUUGCCUUUGAAUGGGAAGAUCCAGUGGGGAGCACCAAACAACAGCUCAUCUGGACUCCCCCACAAGGGUUUAAAAACUUCCCAGCCAUCUUUGGAGAAGCCUUGGCUUCUGAUCAGGACUCAUUCCAUCCGGAAGAGUAUGGAUGUCAGCUCCUACAAUAGGGGGAUGACCUGCUGCUGGCUGCCUGAGACCAAGGAAAAAUGCUGGAAAGGGACAAAUGCACUGCUCCAGCUGUUGAUGGAAGGUUACCGGGUGUCGAAGAAGAAGGCACAGAUCUACAAAGAGGAGGUAAGGUAUCUGGGGUUUGUUUUAAAGAAGGACUCAGGGUUCCAGACCCUAAUUGGGUCCUAUAUACUGAUGGCACUCGCCUGAUAAAACAGGGACAACAGUGUGAGGGGGCCGCUCUAUGCAGAAACAGCCCAGGCAGGUGGUUGAGAGUCACCUGCAGAUCGGUCAUGAGUGGUCUGACCAACAUCAUCUUGAUUGUUUUCGGGACAGUGAACCUAGGUAUAGUACAUGUCCCCGGUCACCAGAUAGGAGAAGACCCUAAGGCGCGGGGCAAUCGUGCUGCUGAUGCGGCCGCUCAAGAAGCAGCUAGCCGGGACUAUGCUGCCCUCAUAUUAGCCGUGGGACUUCCACCUCCUUGUAUGGGGACCUUGCCACCAGUUCCCGAGUAUUCCCUCCCUGAUCUCGCCUGGAUCAACAAGGAUACCACCCUCCAGAAAGAUGACCAAGAUGGAUGGUACCGAGACCAAAUCAACAACCUGAUCUUGCCUGCCACCCUGGGUCGUCACCUGUGUGAACACCUGCACACAACUACACACUUGGGAGAAAAAAAGACCCUAACACUUCUCCAGACGGCCUGCCUGAGUUUCCCUCGACAAAAUGCCACUGUACGAGAGAUAAUUCAAGCCUGCGAAGCGUGCCAGCUGAUGAGGGCAGAGAAGAAGCAGCACUCGGGAACGAGAUACCGAGGGGAAAAGCCAGGGCAACAUUGGGAGAUAGAUUUCACUGAGGUCGACAGGAUUGGACCCUGGGUUCACUGCAAUCACGUGCGGCAAGCCACAUCGGAAGAACAGGAAAAAGCGCGAGCAGAAUGGAAGGCGAGUCCUCACCCGUCAAAUCCUUUGAAACUGAAACUCGUCUGCAGGGAGGCCUCCUAAUUCUCCUGCUGAUGGCAGCCCUCAUCGACCCAGGAGCGACCAGUCAUAACCCCCAUCAACCUGCUAAGAUCACAUGGAAACUCAACGACGGGCAAACUCAUGAGCUGCUCAAUGAGACCUCAGGAAUCCACCCUCCAAACACCUGGUGGCCAGACCUGAACUUCGACCUCUCAAGCCUCUUCGCAAAGCAGGACGGUCUCUAUGAUAAGUACUAUAGGGAUGGGAUAAAAAACCAUAGGUUGGGGUUUGGGGCUUGCCCGGGCUAUGUAAGAAAUAACUGGAAAACCUGUGGUGGCAUAGAAAGCUAUUAUUGCAGGAGCUGGAGUUGUGUGACCUCUUGUGAUGGACCCCAGAGGUGGGAUGUCGGAAACAGAGAUCUAGUUAGCUUCACCUUCAAGGACCGUAGACACCAGGGGCCUCAGGUACGAGUACAAUUUAACCAGGAACGGGCGAAGAAAGAAAACCGCUGGACCUCAGGACUGACUUGGGGUUUUCAGCUUCACGUAAAUUGGCCCGGCCCCUACCCAGGCGAGCUUUUAAUCAUUAAACAGGUUAUUGAGCCGGUGCAGGUACAUAGUUUAGGUCCCAAUCUGGUCAAAGCAUUACAGGGGCAUAAGGCGACCCCCAAGCCAACCACCUUCAGACCAAGCUUGCCGGGAACAUUUAACAUCUCCUCUACCCCGAGCCUCAGAGGCAAACUGACAGAAACCCCUGGCCCUCUGGCUGUUACCAUUAGCUCAGCAAUUCAGGACCCCCUAUGGGCCUUAGUGAAUGCAGCCUUUACGGUCUUAAACCAUACCAACCCUAAUGCGACCCAGUCCUGUUGGCUUUGUUAUAAUCUUCACCCACCCUUCUAUGAGGCCAUAGGCCUCAAUGUCUCUUACCACUUAUCUUCAGGCCAGAACCCACCCCCAUGCCGAUGGGAAGAACGCAAGGUUGGCCUCACAAUGAAUGAAGUCUGGGGACAGGGACUCUGUUUGGGCACAGUGCCACGUGAUAAAACUUCCCUCUGUGCCCGGACUAUUAGUAACCUACGCUUACACGGCAAACAUUGGAUUGUGCCAGAGGUUGGGGGUUGGUGGAUUUGUUCACAUACUGGGCUAACCCCAUGUUUACAUUGUGAAGAUUUUUAACCAGAGUCAAGAAUUCUGUGUCCUGGUUGCUGUAAUGCCAAAAAUCUUAUACCACUCUGAAGAGGUUAUGUACUCACAUUGGGACCGGGAAUUGCUAAGACAAAAGAGAGAGCCAAUCAGUGCGAUCACCAUGGCAGCCGUGUUCAGUCUUGGGCUGGCAGAAGCAGGGAGAGGAAUAGCUUCACUAUCUCUGCAAGGCCAAGGGUUUUCCUCCCUACGAGCCGCCAUAGAUGAAGAUAUAACUCGCAUAGAAGAAUCAAUCAGCCACUUAGAGAAGUCUCUGACUUCCUUGUCUGAGGUGGUCUUGCAGAAUAGGAGAGGAUUAGACUUGAUUUUUCUCCAACACGGUGGGGUCUGCGCGGCUCUGGGAGAAGAAUGUUGUUUCUAUGCAUACCAUACAGGAGUGGUAAGAGAAUCUAUGGCAAAAGUAAGAGAAGGGCUGGCGCAACGAAAGAGGGAACGGGAGGCCCAACAGGGAUGGUUUGAGUCUUGGUUUCAACGCUCCCCCUGGCUGACCACCUUAGUUUCCACCCUCCUGGGCCCGCUUAUAGUGCUAUUAUUAACAAUUACAUUUGGCCCUUGUAUUUUAAACCGGCUAAUGUCAUUUAUUAAAGAACGUCUAAAUACCAUUCAGAUUAUGGUAUUGAGGCAGCAAUAUCAGAUGGUAGCCCAGGAUGAAGAGAAAGAUUCCUCUACAGGAACAACAAGACAGGGGGGAAUGUGAGGCUGCCAGGGUUAAUACCGUGACGGGCGGCCUGGACCUAAGUGUUAGCUUCCCCCGAAAUGGUAAGAUUCCCUACCCCCAUCAGGUAACCUGGAGCCAGCCAAUCAAUAUGCGCCCAGUAAGAACAAAGGGAGAGCUGAAAAGCCCGUGAACGCCCAGGUUUGAAAAAAGCCCGCGAAAGUCUGUACCAAUAGAAUUGUCUUGCAUACAUGUAACCAAUCCGCUUAAGCCAGCUACUAACCGCUUUUGCAUAUGUUAUAAAUUUGUGUAACAAGCUUGAGCUCGGCGCUUUCUGACCCUGCACCACUGUGAUGUUUGUGGCAGAAAGCCCUGGCUCGAGACAGUAAUAAACUUCCCUUUUUUGCGA